CAUUUGACACUAAAUUUCCGGAUUUCAAAAGGAAACCAUAAUCAAGAAUGUCGAAGAAAAAAGUGCAGAAUACGAACAAAAAGAUGAAAGAAUGUUGGCUGACACCGAUCCCACAGAAUGUGGAAACUGUAAAUAUGACAGUUUCAUUCAAGAUUGAUGAAAAAGAUGUCGGAAAGCCUGCGAAUGAAGUUAUUAGAAUUAAUGAGAAUUCGAUGGUUUCUUUCCUAUCAACAAACUCGUUUUACAAUGGAUUGAUAUUGAGCGACAAAAUAGUCAAGGUGAACGGUGCCAGUGGAAAUAUAUCCAAGUAUCAGACAGAGCUCAUGAAAGGUGAAACAUGUAGUGUUGAGGUUACAAGACGGAAAAAUAUUAUCCCAGCGACCAGAGAACGGUUGAAGAAAUCGGGAUGUGUUUUGAGACGGGACAAUACGUGCUUUGUUAUUGAAGUUGAAAAGACUUCCGCAAUGAAAAGUGCAACGGUUGGAGUUACAGUGACAUAUAUUCAAAAACGUGGCAUAGUAACUCGAAUCGAGCCCAGCUCACUCGCUUCGAUAUUCUUUGGUCGUGGGGAUCUGAUAAUGGAUAUAAAUGAAGAAUCCAUUCUGAACGCAGAGAAAAAUGACGACUUCAUUCGUGAGAAACUGUCGGGAAUUUUGAAAGGAGAAAAAGUCACAUUUUUGGUUGAAAGACCGGUUUCUGUGGAAUCUGCAAACACUCUUCGUCAUUUGAUUGAGUCAGUUGCUCCAGAUCCAGAUGUUAAGAUGGCAAACGACGCGAUAUGUAUUGGUCGGAAUGCAAGCAACAUGCACUAUAACGUUCUGAAAAAGUUGCAACCAAAAAGCAUUUUAAGUCGGGAUGUCUUCAAAGGGAAAAAUCCUCGUGAAAAGAAACCUGGCAAGAAGUUGAGUAAAGAAAAGGAUAACACAAUAAAAAUAUCGACUGCAACAUCCACGGCAAACAUUUCAACGGAUGUGGCUGAAGAUGAAAUCGAUAAUUUGAAAAACGUUGUUACCAAGAGUCAUGCAGUUAGAUCGGGUGAUGAAGAGGAGGAACGUGGAGCUUUUGAUGAUGAAUGAGUAUUUGAUCUUUAUUUUUCUGAAAAUGAAAUUUUAUUUAUUGG